ACAACUGGCUCCACUAGAUCAAUAUAGGAGUACCUGGCAGAUAAAUACGGAAUAAAUAGAAAAAUUAUUCGGGUUUCGUUUUCUGAUUUCUGCGUUCUCAACCCUAAAGUAAAGCAAAGCAAAGCAAAGCAAACCAGAAGCACUCAAAAAGCUUCGUAUAGUUUUCUAUUAAAAACCAGAUUGCAACAUGUCUGAUGUUGCGGAGUAUCGCUGUUUCAUUGGAAAUCUGUCAUGGUCAACAUCUGAUCGAGGUCUAAAAGAUGCAUUUGAGAAAUUUGGCCAUCUUAUUGAGGCAAAGGUUGUUAUGGACAAGUUCUCUGGACGCUCCCGUGGAUUUGGAUUUGUCACUUUUGAUGAAAAGGAAGCAAUGGAGGAGGCCAUCCAUGCAAUGAAUGGCAUGGAUUUAGAUGGCCGACCUAUCACAGUUGACAAAGCACAACCUAACCAAGGUGGCGAUCGUGAUAUUGAUCGCCCGCGUGAUAGGGACCGUGGUCGUGAUCGAGAUCGUCGUGAUUAUGGGGGUGGUCGUGGAUCUGGUGGUGGAGACUGCUUUAAGUGUGGUAAACCAGGACACUUUGCUAGGGAAUGUCCUGAUGAUGGUGGUAGGAACCGAUAUGGCGGUAGAGAUGACAGAUAUGGUGGCAGUGGUGGAGGUGGAAGAGGUGGUGGGCGUUAUGGACCUGAAAGGAAUGGAGAUCGGUUUGGUAGCCGUAACAGAGAUGGUGGUGGUCAUGGGGGAGGUGACCGACACAAUCGUGAUCGAUCUGGGCCAUAUGACCGUCGUGGUAGUGGAGGUUUUCGCUAAGGGUAGAAUCUGACUGCCACAGAUUGGUAUGUGAAUCAAUUUGGU